AUAUGAAAAUUAAUGUGAUGCUCGUACAGGAAGCUUACCUAUCAAAUUAUUGUACAUAGGUAUUUUAAGAGUACGUUUUUCAUUAGAACCAUAUCGUACUUAGACUGUGUUUCAAAAGUAAUGGAGCUAAACAAAGCAUUGAACCAAGCUAAAACCUUAUUCAGUAAAUUAUGCAACAUAAUAUCGACACAUCAAGUUUGCAUCAUUCUCAGCAUCAAUUUGAUGUGGAGUAUUUACGUUCUAUCAUGUAAGAUGUUCGAUUUCAAGCAAGUUGUGUUUGUGAAAGUUCUAGAAGCAGAUAGUCCUUUUAGCAAGAGAGUGACUGAAAUAUUCACUGUCAUAGAAUCCAUUAUUUUCCUGUACGUUAUCAUAGCUGUGAUCUUUCAAACUUGGUGGGCUUUGUUACACAAGUCAUCGGUCAUAAAAUGUAUCGCAAUUAUGCUCACUUUGGACGUUUGUUUCCUAAUCUGCUUAAUAAUCGAUGUGUAUUUUGAGAACACAAAUUUGAAGGUAUUAUGGAUGAACGAAUAUGAAAACCUGACUCCCAGAGCUAAUCUUUAUUUUAAAGAAUCAUACACAGCGCAAAUGAUCACAUUGAGUUAUUGGACAUUAUCCGGUGUCCUAUCAUUUAAACUAAUCUCUGCCAUUGUAAUGUUCCUCAAUGUGAAAAAUUUUGAAGAAUUUACCAAAGUGGAAACAAUUGAUACAACUACGUACCUAGAUUAAGACCUCCUCGAAAAAUUAAAUCAGGAAGUUUUUCCAGAUACUCCUCAUUCGCCAGAUCUCACACAGUUAAGUUUUCAUAUUUUCUGCCACCCCAACGUUGAAUUUGGAGGAGAACGAUUCAAAAAUGCAGAUCAACUCGAGAGAGCCUUCCUGAAUACUUUCAAGAAGUUACCAUGCGGAUAGAAAAGCUUAUGUAUCUGUACAAGUGCUUGGAAUGUGGAAGGGAUUAGUUAGGCGAAAAUAUGUAUGUAUAAUUUCUUCAAAAUGUAUUUUAUUCAAACUAU